CACAGACAUAUAGGUAAAGUUAAAUUGACAGAAAAGCUAGUUAGAAAGAUAAAUAGCUGAUCCUUAUUGUUCUUAAGUAUUAUAAUUUACAAGCAAAUACGUUUAAAAAGAUGACAAGGAGUUCACAUAAAGAACUCUCUCACUUCCACUGCGCGUCAGAAUAGACUGCAGGUGUGGCACCGCAAAUGGAGAAGGCGCAGCCGGCCGCCUACAUCAUCAGCCUGCUGUGAUACAGAAUGGAAACUAGAAUGUGGGCACAAUGAAUGCAGAACGGAGAGACAGCACAAUUUAAGCACAAAGCUCCCAAAAAUUGCCGGUCCCGGGAAGGCAUUGUGUGCGUCGGUCUCGCUCAGCUCUUUGUUUUGUGAGACGCUGUGUCAGUCAGGGAAUUUCACUCGACUCCGCGUCAUAGACAGCGUAUGAGUUGCAGUUUGCCUGUUUAAAACCUUUCCAGUCGGCCUUGCCGAGCGUAAUGACGCGUUUCUUUUUCCUUGUUUGUUUCUGUUUUUUUUUGUUUGUUUGUUUUGUUUUGUUUUUAAUGUUUUUAUUACAUCAAUCGGGUUUGCUAUCCGCCUCCCAAGUGAAUGCGGUGCAGCGGAAACGAAAAGGCAGAGCAGGUUUUUAUGCAGAGGAGGGAAGUCAGUCUGGCACCGAAUCUUACAGCACCCAGCACCCACCAGAUGAUAUCCGCUGACAGCAGCAAACACAAUGAGAAGCAGAGCAGAGGAAGCCUGUGUUCAAUGAGAGGCCGAGGAUCUUGCAGAGAAGGGCCUGGACCCAGGCAGCACCGUACAAGGUGGAGAAGUUCCACCGAAGAGUCAGUGACUCCAUCGGGAACAGCUACAGCCCUGCAGCCAGAGAUUUCUCCACAUAUUUCAUCUAUAAGCUCCUCGGCUCAAAUGACACUCCGGAGCACAGCCAGGACAGGGAGGGGCCAACAUGAGAGAGGGCGUGGCAACUGGCAGUGCCGCCCUGUCGUCAUGCCAACAGGGUCCUGAAAAAGAGGGAGCCCAGACUACUCCAGCAUGUGGGUGAAGCUUGAAUUGAGGAAGGGCAUGGUGGAAGAAUUUGACUCACUUCAUAAGACAUGAAGUGAUUGUGUGAAUGCCAGGCACAUAAGAACAUAAGACAUUUCACCAAUGAAAGGAGGUCAUUUGGCCCACCAGUGCUCCUACGGUUCCUAUUUGCUGAAUGUUUGCUUGAACUUUGUCAAGUCAGGUCUUAACGAAUCCCAGUGAUUGAGCAUCAACAACAUGACUCUGUGUGAAGAAGUGUCUCCUACCUCUGUCAUGAUAAUGAUUCUGUGGAAAUAGUGACGAUUGCAAUCCCAAUUCUUCACACCCCCCCCCCCCCCCCGAGAAUUAGCAACCAAAAAAAACAUUUUGUUAUGACAUGAUUGAUGAAAAAAGGAUUCAUUUCUUAGAAGAUACUGAAGGAACAGACAAUAACAACUCUACUUUGUAAUCUUCCAUGGUUGUAUUAUUUAAAAUAAUUAAAAACUCAUUUUAAAAGAG